AUGGCACCAAUUGGCGAUGAUGCCUCGCAGACCCUCCAUGACUUGGUCAACAAACUCGAGUCGAGGGUCAAGGAGCUCGAAGACAAGCUUGCGCAUGCUGCUGGUGGCCCAGCACCAUCUCCUUCUGAGAGCGUCAGAAUGAUUCUUAUGGGUCCUCCCGGUGCUGGCAAGGGAACUCAAGCUCCUAAGAUUAAGGAGAGAUUCUCAUGCUGUCAUUUGGCUACUGGAGAUAUGUUGCGAUCACAAGUUGCGAAGAAGACACCAUUGGGCCGGGAAGCUAAGAAGAUCAUGGAUCAAGGUGGUCUCGUCAGCGAUGAAAUUGUUAUUGGCAUGAUCAAGGCCGAACUUGAGGGCAACUCAGAGUGCAAGGGAGGAUUUAUUCUUGAUGGUUUCCCACGUACAGUCGUGCAAGCAGAGCGCUUGGAUGCAAUGCUUGCAGAGCGCAACCAAAAGCUACAACACGCAGUUGAACUUCAAAUUGACGAUAGUCUUCUUGUAUCCCGCAUUACUGGACGUUUGGUGCACCCAGCCUCUGGCCGAUCGUAUCACAGAAUAUUCAACCCACCUAAGGCAGACAUGAAGGACGAUAUCACUGGUGAACCAUUGGUCUCAAGAUCCGACGACAAUGCUGAAGCUUUAAAGAAGAGACUUGUUACCUACCACGCUCAAACUGCCCCUGUCGUUGGUUAUUACCAAAAGACUGGCAUCUGGAGUGGAAUUGACGCUUCACAAGAGCCCGGCGCCGUUUGGAAGUCACUCUUGGGUGUAUUCGACAAACAAAAGGGUGCUAACGGUUCGAUACUUAGCAAAAUUACCGGUCGAUCUUAG